AUGUCUGCUGUUCCGCCAUCCCUCUCGAACUACGCACCUUCACAUAGCGGCUCCCCCUCUCGACAUCUCUCCCAAUACUCUGCCUCGUCCACCGUGGCCGGUACCCCUCUCCCCGACCGGACAUCGGGCACUCCCACCAGCAUCACGUCCACUUCGACCCUACGUUACCCGUCGACCCGCAAAACCAUAUACGACCGCAACCUCAACCGCUCUCGGAAUGCCGAAUUGUCGAGAGCCAGCUUCGCCUACCUGUUCAUGGAGAUGGUGGCCUACGCGCACAAGAGGGUGAAGGGAAUACAGGACUUCGAAAAGAGACUGAACGAGCAAGGAUAUCCAUUGGGGUUGAAGCUGCUGGAUCUGCUACUCUACCGGGCGUCACCGCUGGGAGGGUCGAGCUCGUCCGGUGGAGGGUCGUCGAGCAGCAGCUCUGGCGCCGGAGCCACUCGACCACUACGGCUGUUACCCCUCCUGACAUUGUUGACGACCAAGCUCUACCCGUUGCUGUUCUCCCGUCCCGCCGACUCCCUCGAACAAUCCACAACGAACCCGGGAGAAUACAUGAUUAUCGACAACACCCCACUCACGAACCAGUAUAUCUCGGUCCCCAAGGAGAUGUCCCAGCUGAGUGUGGCGGCGUACAUUGCGGGAAUCAUCGAGGGAGUGUGUGACGGCGCAGGCUUCUCUUGCAAGGCGAGUGCGCACAACACUGGCACCGAGGUGUGGCCCAACCGGACGGUGUUUCUGAUCAAGUUUGAUGAAAGCGUGAUGGAGCGGGAGAAGGAGUUGGAGAGGCAGGGCGUUAAGUGA